GUGGACUACUCCGAGUCUAUCAUCGCGCAGCAGAAGAAGCUCGACGAGGAAGCGAACGGCGGUCCUACGCCGACGGUGCCCGGCGCGCGCGAUCACGUCCUCGAGGCGUUUCACUCGGCCGCCGUCGCCGAGUACGACAGACUCCUGGACGCGGGGAAGAGCGAGGACGAGGCGAUCGUCGAGGCGAGAAAGAUUGGCGGCGAGGCGGCGAAGAGAGCCGCGGCGGGGCGGACGCCUCUGUACACCGCGCGGGAGAUGCGCGGCGUGACGUUUAACGACCUCUCGCUCGCGUGCGGGAAGCAUUACAGCUAUCAGCAUCAGGGCGACUGCGAGCACGUGAUGACGAUUCGCGACAUCCGGCUCGCGCACGCGGACGACCCGAAGGACCGACACGUGUACCCGCUGCGUAUAUUCCGCGGACGCCCAUUUCGGAGGCGAUGCCAGAUGUGCGACGUGUUCGACGCGAAGCACGUCACGAUCGCGGACGAGCUCGCGCCGUGUUCGCCGUGCUUCUUCUGCGACAAGUGUUUCGAGAUUUUGCACUUGGACGAAAACGGACGGCCGGUGUACGCGGAAUACACUCGGUAUCCGUACCACCACGAGUGAGCGCGCGGUUUGUGUGGCGCGGACACUGGAAGGAAAGAGGGGACCGUGCAGUGCGACGGCGACGAGAGGAAGACAGAUUUAUUAGCGAUCGUUGAAACGACGACACGACGACGACGACGAAAAGACCAAAACAAAAAAACUGACGCGAC